GAGCUGUAUUAUAGUCAGUCUGACGGGAACUCCACAGAGCUGAGGACGCUUUCACUUUCUCAGACAUUGUUAACUGACCUAGUGAUACUGAUACCGGUUUUUGUAAUGAAUGUAUGUGAGUGUUCCGGUCUUUAUGACGGUGAAUGUGCGGUAAUUGCUCACACGGAACAGCGUCUCUGACAGCAGAACCGGACCGGACAGUUUAUCAGCGGAUUUUUAACGCACCCCGUUAAGCUCCUCAUUAUUUAUUUAAACUGUACUGAAAGAUGCUUCAAAAUGAAAAGUCUCAAACGGAGAACUCGAACCCGUCCGAGCCCGAAUCUGACGCGCUCACCGAGAAAACAGAAGCGCGCGAGAGCGAGUCCGGUGUUCUGUCCGCUCCGGUCCAUCCGAAACUGCUCAUCAAGCGUCAUGCCGUGACGGACGACUACAGAAUCUCCAGUCAGGUGUUGGGUUUGGGAAUCAACGGCAAAGUCCUGGAGUGUUUUAAUCAGAAAACCGGAGAAAAGUGCGCGCUGAAGAUUCUGUACGAGUGUCCUAAAGCCCAGCGAGAGGUGGAGCUGCACUGGCGAGUGUCUGGAGGGCCACAUAUAGUCCAGAUCCUCAGCCUUUAUGAAAACAUGUAUCGUGGGAAAAAGUGUCUUCUCAUCAUUAUGGAAUGUAUGGAGGGGGGAGAGCUCUUCAGUAGAAUCCAGACCAGAGGAGACCAGGCCUUCACUGAGAGAGAGGCCUCAGAGAUCAUGAGAGACAUCGGCACAGCCAUCCAGUACCUGCACGACAUGAACAUCGCACACAGAGACAUCAAGCCAGAGAACCUGCUGUACACUAGUAAAAGUGACACAGGGAUUCUCAAACUGACAGAUUUCGGCUUCGCUAAAGAGACAUCUCUGCACAAUCCGUUACAGACGCCCUGCUACACGCCGUAUUAUGUGGCCCCUGAGGUUUUAGGUCCUGAGAAAUACGACAAGUCAUGUGAUAUGUGGUCUCUUGGUGUCAUAAUGUACAUCCUGUUAUGCGGGUUCCCACCAUUCUACUCCAACACGGGACAGGCCAUCUCGCCGGGUAUGAAGCGCCGUAUUCGCAUGGGCCAGUACGAGUUUCCCAAUCCUGAGUGGGCUGAAGUGUCCGAGGAGGCCAAACAACUGAUUCACCAGCUGUUGAAGACGGACCCCAGUGAGCGAAUGACCAUUGAGCAGUUUAUGAAGCAACCGUGGAUCAAUCAAUCAAUGGUGGUUCCACAGACUCCUCUUCACACCACACGAGUGCUCGCUGAAGACUGUGACAUGUGGGACGAGGUCAAGGAAGAGCUGACCAGUGCGUUGGCCACCAUGCGUGUGGAUUACGAGCAGGUGAAAAUUAAAGAUUUGGAUGCCUCCAGUAACCCCUUACUGAACAAGAGACGCAAGAAAGCCGCUACAGGAGAGAAGAGCGCUGGAUCCGGCUGCAGCAGCCAAUGAGAAUAGACAUGUCAGUCACAUGAUGGAGGGAAGGGAAAGAACACACAAAGGAGACAAAAAAACAAGGAACGCUACGAAAAUAGAUGUGCUCUCCAAAGAACAACAGAAGAUGAGCAGAUGAAACAGAUGAGUUAAUAAACCAGAAAAGUAGAGAGAGGAAGUUGUGCACAUUUCUGCACUGAAAACACUCUUCAGCUCUGAGUGUUUGUGAGUGCACAUGUUUAUAUCUAGUGAUCUAUUACUUGAUUAUAGUUGUAUAAAUGAAACUCUGACUCCAGAUCUGCCGGCUCCAUGACUGACUGUAUUGACUUGCAUCUCUCCCAUCUGCCGUCUCAAACAUUCAGGGACCGUUUUAUAUUUCAUGUGCUGUAAUACUGGUGUUUCUCACAGGUACUUACGGUUUGUGAUGUUCUUACUGCAAAAGCGGAUACGUGAUGAGAAGAAAUGUGACAUUUUGUUUCAAAUGUGUCACUUGAAAACAUGCCAAAAUCACUUGAUACAUGCCUGCUUGCUUUGUCAUGAGGCGCCGCGGUGUAUACAGGUGCAUCUCAAUAAAUUAGAAUGAC